GUCUCAAGCCUCUGAACUUUCCCGGAAGCUGAUAGUCUUUCCUUGGUGGAGCUGAUUGGCUGACUGCAAUCUUGGGCACCGCGCGGGGUUUUCUGGAGUUGUUUUGGACUGAGUUUGCAUAAAAGAGUAUGGCUAGAGAGUGUCUUCUUCUCCGCGAGCUGCUGGGCCCUCUGCACCCGGAUAAGGAUGGCGAAGAGGAGGAGUGUGUACAGGAGGAGGAGGGGGACCAGGAUUUGGAGUUUGUGGACGCCGAGGAGCUCUGCAGUGGCGGCAUCAGGGCGGGCAGCCUCCCUGGGCGCAUCCGAGUUUCUAUCCCUGAUGAGAAUACGAAAGAGAGAUGCACCGUGCAAGGACGUUUCCCGCUCAUAGGUCCUUGGUGGCGAGUGAAGGUUCGGGUUGCAAAGCCUGGGCGAUCCAAGGUCUACCAAGCUCAAGGAUUUCCUUCCUACUUCCUACAGUCUGAUAUGUCACCAUCUCAUCGAAAAAACAUCUUUUCACUGUUUCUUAAAGAAUGUAACUAUGCACUCAGAGAUGAAUUUCUAAAAUGGGUAGAGAAAGUGUCAGGCUAUGAGAAUCUAAACUUUGAAAAUCUGCGGGAGACAUUAAGGAACUUUGGUGGAAAAACUGAAGAGAAAAGUGAAAAGCAGUCCACACAGAAUGAACGGAAUGAGAUGAGAUUGCUCGUGGAGGAAUCCUUCCCGUUUGUAAGUGUAAUGACAGCUUUGCAGUUUCCAAAAGUCAUGGAAUUCCUUCCAACUCUUCUUCCUCGACACUUUAGAAAGCUUAUCAGCUCAAGUUCUGAAGAGGUGUUGCAAAAGAUAGAAGAGGCUUUGGGUACACAUCCAUGGAAGCUUGGGUUCCGAAGAGUGACCUACCGGGAGAUGAAGCUUUUGUCCUGCGAGGCCAGCUGGACAUCAUUCAGUCAGUGUCCCUCCCUGUUCCAGCUGAUGACUGAGCAGCAGAAGAAUGCAUUGGUCAUAUAUUCUAAGCUGAGGCAGACAUGUAGAGAAGAUGGGCACACUUAUGUUGAAGUAAAAGACUUGACUUCGGCGGUGUCAGAGCACAUGUCUUUCCAAGAAGCGUGUGGGUCUCUGGAGUUUAUGAAGGGCCUUGACGUGGUGACCUAUGAGAAGGACUGCAUCUUUCUUUCUGAACUGUACGAGGCUGAGCAAGGCAUUGCCUCCUCCAUCUGUGAACUGAUGGACAGGCGCCCGUGGCAUUUACAAGUGGACGUGAAAAACGUCCUGGCAUCAAUUUGCAGCGGGGAGCCCAAAGAUUCAGGAAGUGCUGAGGCAGCGGAAGGAAAUGAACCGGAUAACGUGGGGCUAGAACAGGGCGAGAAUGUUUCAGACCCACAGGGCAGUGGUGACCAUGUUAGCAAUAAUGGCGGUCAUGAAAUGGAUGCAGAAAUAAGUGAUGUCCCACUGGAUCAAGAUCAGGUGGCUGCACUGGAAAUGAUUUGCGCCAAUGCCGUGACGGUUCUCAGCGGGAAAGGUGGCUGCGGGAAGACCACCAUUGUUAGCCAUCUCUUUAAGCACGUGCAGCAGCUGGAAGAAAUUGAAGUGCAACAAGCUUGUGAGGAUUUUGAGCAAGACUGGGAUGCCUCAGAAGAAUGGCUUGCUUUUCCUAAGCAGAGUCCAGCAGCCGUGGACAAGGCUAUACAGGUUUUGCUCACGGCGCCUACCGGGAAAGCAGCUGCUUUAUUGAGGCAGAAAACCCAUCUUCUGGCUUACACGCUGUGUCAGGUCAAUUAUAGCUUCUAUUUUUGGAGGAAACAUAAUGAGGGAAUGCCAUGGAAAUUCUCAACAGUUCGAGUCCUGGUUGUGGACGAAGGGAGUUUGGUGUCUGUCGGGAUCUUCAAAUCAGUAUUAAAGAUACUGUGUGAGCAUGCCAAACUCUCUAAGCUUAUAAUCCUUGGUGAUAUUAGACAGUUACCCAGUAUCGAACCUGGCAACGUGCUGCAGGAUGUUUUUGAGACUCUGAAGUCAAGAGGGUGUGCCAUUGAACUAAAGACAAACCACAGGGCAGAGUCCCAGCUGAUCGUGGACAAUGCUACGAGAAUCUCCAGGCGUCAGUUUCCAGAAUUUGAUGUAGAACUAAGUAUCACUGGUAAUCCCACAUUACCCAUCUCCAUUCAAGAUAAGACAUUUAUUUUUAUCAGACUCCCUGAAGAGGAUAGCAGUUCCCAGUCUUCUAAAGGCGAACACCGAUCUAAUUUAUAUUCUGCAGUUACAACUUUGCUUCAAGGAAAGGACUUUGAAAGUGCAAAAACAUCACAAUUUAUUGCAUUUAGAAGGCAAGAUUGUGACCUCAUCAAUGACUGCUGCUCUAAGCACUACACAGGCCAUUUAAUUAAAGACCACAAGAAGAGGCUCGUCUUUAGAGUUGGUGAUAAAAUCUGUUGUACCCGGAAUGCAUACCUCUCUGAUUUACUCCCUGACAAGGAUGAGGAAGCUUUCAGGAAAGGCUUUGAUCUUGUCCUUUCUGAUGCUGCCCCCUCUGAUGCUGCCCCCUCUGAUUUCAAAAGCAAGCAGAGUUUUGAAAGUGGCAUUCGACUGUGUAACGGGGAAAUAUUUUUCAUAACAAAGGAUGUAACUGAUGUCACUUUCAAAAGAAAACGACUUUUGACGAUCAAUAACGAGGCUGGCUUGGAAGUGACUGUGGACUUUGGCAAACUCAUGACGAACUGUCAGAUAAAGCACGCCUGGGCUAGGACUAUUCAUACUUUCCAGGGGUCGGAGGAGAGCACAGUUGCCUAUGUAGUGGGGAAGGCAGGCCGCCAGCACUGGCAGCAUGUGUACACCGCAGUGACCAGGGGCCGCUCCAGAGUGUAUGUCAUCGCCAAAGAAUCCGAGCUCAGGAGCGCCAUCCGGAAGCGCAGCUUCCCCAGGAAGACGCGUCUGAAGCACUUCUUGCAGAAGCAGCUCCUCUCCAGCGCCCACGCAUCUCCCACUGGCAUUCUAUCCCAGCCUGCAAGCCCUAGAGCUGGAGAAAGACCCAGCACACAGCCUCCAGUCUCACCCUUCUGUAGAACCCCAGACAAGAGAGCUACUCCAAACAAUGCCAGGGGUGAAGCAUCUUCAGCCACCAAGGAGACGUUUGCCCUUUAUGAAGGAUGGCUGUCAACUUCUUUUAGCGACAUAGAUACAGACGAGGAGUCAGGGCAGCCUAGAGGGUCCAAAAGAACUGGUGAUGGCUUCCCAUUUGAUGAAGAAAGCCCCAGUAAAUUCCGUUUGGUUGAAGAAUCAUCUCCACAAGUGUCUUCUAGAUUUCAGAAUUUGAGGUUGAGUAACCUAACCCCUCGACAACUUUUCAAACCCACUGACAAUCAAGAAACGAUUAAGUCAGGUGUGGUGGGUCACACCGAUAAUCCCAGCAAUCAGGAAGCUGACACAGGAGGAUCUUGAGUUCCAGGCCAGCCUGGGUAACAGGAGGAGCCUGAGUCCCAGGCUAACCUGGGCAACAUCAUGAGACCAUGUACAGGCACCACCACCAAUGAAAACCUCCAAACAGAAAGAAUUUUACUUUGUAUUGCUCAAAGUAAUUAUUUUUCCUGGGUGCUGGAGAGAUGGCUCAGUGAUUAAGAGCACUGGCUGUUCCUCUAGAGGUUCUGAGUUCAAUUCCCAGCAACCACAUGGUGGCUCACAGUCAUCUAUAACAGGAUCAAAUGCUCUCUUCUGUCAUUUCCCUUCAAGACAAAGUAGACAUUUUAGCUUCAAUGUUCCAAGCUAUGAGAAGAUGAUUUGUAAACUGGAAUUUUAGAUUGGGGCAUUGUAUUUUGGGCAUUUUUACUUGUAUUUUUAAAUCUGCAUUUUAAAACUUAUUAUAAAUUUACCCGAUCAAAGCAAACUGUGCAAUCUCAUCCUCUGUCCUCAAGACAACAGUUAACACCGGACAGAGAUUGUGGGGAAAGAUGCCGUGUGCUUAGAACUCUCCCAUUUUAGGGGUGUGGUACAUUUUGUGAUAAUGCUGCGUGACCUGAAGCAGUAGCAAAGGUGGGGUGACCUGUUGCUAGCCACUCAUUCAGGGGUGCUAUGUUUACCACAAGGGGGUCCUUUACAAGGCCUUCUCUCACUCCAGCCCUGCUCCUGGGACCCAGCAUUCUUAGGACUUUCCUUAGCUGUGCCUUUUCCUAGUUGGGAGUAAGUCUUGAAUAUAUCCCAUUGUAGGAGACCUUUCUCUUAAAGCAGAUUGUUUUUUUUUUUUUUAAGUAUUUAUUGCCAAGUGGUACUGUCGUUUGAAUGUGUCUCCCCACACACGUGUGGGUUGUACUGUGGUAGUGGGUACCUGCUAAAAGUCACUUUUUGCUGUCAUGAGUUUUUUUUUAAUUUUAUAUUUUAUAUUUUUUAUUCUUUUUGCCAUGCGAUGGCAAGUCCUCCUUAGAUGUGCACACCUGGCUAUAGGCACUCCUUGUCUUACACAUUGCUUUAUUGCAAUUCUCAGAUAGUAUGUUACUUUUACAUUGCCACUCUCCUAGAGCUCAGGCCAUAGAAAUUUCUGGCAACAAAGUAUUUUAGUUAAUGUGUGCACAUUGCUUCAUUUUUACAUAAUCUGUUGUGUUUUCCUGUUAAGACUGCCAGGAUAACACAGAGACAUUUUUCUUUCUUUUCUUUUUCUUUUUGGGCUGGGGCUUGAGCCCAGGACUCAUACAUUCUAAGCAAGUACUUUACUACUGAAUUGCAUCUCUAGCCCUAAACCUAGCUUUUAUAUGAGAAGCAAGCAAACAAAGCAAUUGUGUGACUCAUCUGAAUGUAAUAUUCUCUUAUUGCUGUGCCAUGAUGGGUUCUAAUCUGCCGUGUCUCCAAGACACGCCUUUGUGAGCAAUAAAUGCACUAUUCUAUUUA